ACCGGUGUAACUGUGUGCCCCGUAUCAUCAAAAUUUCCUAACGGAAAUACCUUCGAGGCUUGCAAUGCGGCUCAAUCGGCUUUACAAGCAGCAGGAGUUACAGUCUGCGAGAGUGACGUUUCGAUGGAGAGAGGGUUUAGAGAUGACCUUGUGGAAUUUAUGAAAAGAAAAGGGAAAGAAGCUCUGGUUCCUCUGAGAGUGUUCGUUAAAGGGAGUUACAUUGGUGGUGCUGAGGAGUUUUCGAAGAUUGCUGAAGAGGGUCUUCUGGUAAGAUUCUUGAAGGAUUACCCAAAAAAAGAACUGGGUCUGUGUGCGAAGAUUGUCGGGAUGUUAGAUAUUUCCCAUGUUUUCGAUGCAUGGAAGCCGCAAGAUUGUUACGGCGGUGAAAGAAGAAAUGGGUCAGAAACAAGGGAGACUGUUUCCAUUAAAAUGUCAGUUAACCAAGCUUUCCAGUUUUGUUCAAUAACAAGUGUAACAUUAUUGGAUUGUUUCACCAUAGCAUGGAUCAUAACUUUGACUGGGAUCUUUAUUGGCACUCGAUAUUCACUGUGCCAGUUGUUGGUGCUGCUGUAUGCAUGGUCUUGGUUUAGUAUUCCUGUUUGAUGCAUAGGUGGGCAGUGGAGGUCAAUUUCUUUCCACUUUCAAAUUUGGUUGGUUAUUUGAAAAAGGUUAUGAAAUUCAACUUGAUGGAAAAGAAGAAAAACUACACAGCCCCCGACCGGAAUAUUUGUUCGUUUAUGUAAAACUGAAGUGAAUCACUUACUAAUCUUUUAGGUGGUUCAAGACCUCUUCUUGGAGAUAUAAUUGUAAUCAUAGCAACACGUUGCAUAGCAGUGAGCAAUGUUGUUGAGGUUAGUUAAUCCUUUUCUAUAUAUGAUCUCUCUGGUUUUUUAGCAAGACAUCAGCAACUAUUUAGGUGAGACAUUAGUAAAUUACAAUAUUCACUUGAUUUGAUUAGUUUUAUGCAUUGUUUGGUAUUAUCUGAAAUUUUUGUCUCCUUUAGUCUGCUUUCUCUACUUAGAGUUUCCUAGAUAUUACAGGAGUUCCGUGCUAAGAGAAAGGAUUGUAUUGAACUUGUUUCCAUGAGUGGUGUUUUUUGGAUUUAUGGUUUGUCUGAGAUGUAGCCUUUUUCUUGCAAGAUAUAUAAAAAGACAGAGCGGCUUUGGAAUAUAAUUUUUAUUUAACAUUUCCGUUGGAAUUUCUGUUUUCAGCAGAAAUAUUGUUUUCGCUUAACAUUCACUUUUAGAUCUUUAUUAGAGCUAAAGAAUCUCGAGUCGGUCAAGUGGUCUGCAGAAAUUGUAAGUUACUGAACCUUGCAUGAUCAUGCUAUUGCCAUUAUUACCGGAGCUUACUUGUGUUAAAAAACAAAUGCUAAUAAAAUGGAUACAAUGAAUAACGACUUAGAAGCCUACCUAAGACAUGGAAUGCCAAAAUUAUAUAGAUUUCCCUUCUUUUUGAAAAAUAAAAAUAAUAAUAAUAAUAAAUUCUGGGUCCUUGCUUUGAAGUGAAUGGUUUUAUUUAUUUAUAAUUGUUUACUAUCUUGUACUUCGGAUAUAACAUUUGCUGGCUAUAUUCUCUCAGGCGUUUUAGCGUACAUACUUGGUACUAAUUUCAUUUUUUGUAGUGUACUUUGCUUUCUAAUGCUUCUUUCACAUUAAUACAUGCCCUUUUGUGGAUCACCAUCUGGAACUCUAUUACUAUAUUGAUGGAGAUAUUUUAAGGAUUGCUGGGACAUGUGAUAUAUUUUUUUGGCACAGCAAAAGAUUUUCUGUAUUUGUUUAUUCCUGUCAGUCUCUUACUUCAUUGAUCCUUGCUAGAUGACUUUUGUUUUACAGUGAUUGCUUUAUUGAGGUCUUUAUGUAUCUUUGAUAUCUUGACAGUUUUGCUACUAGUCCAACCACCAAAGAUGACACAUUACAUUGUUCAUGAGCACUAUAUUGAUGUGGAGCCUCCAAUCCUUAACAGAGUGAAGGUAUUUAUCUACUGCAUAUUUGGGAAUGUAGGGCUCUUUGUGUGUUAUAAAGAAGCUCAUGUGGUACUUUCAGAGGAUAGAAGGCAUUCAAGGAGAAUGCUACAGCAUUACAACAUCAAGAUGAUUUAGAGACCAUCCAAACACCAUCCCUGUUUUAUUUUUAUUUUUUUCCUCAUUUUAGUUUAGGCUUAUUGUAUUUAGGCACUUCGUUUGGUGUAUUUAGUGGUGGAAGUUUAAUUUAAAAGAUAUUUGGUGGUAAUAAUAGAUUAUUAAUUGUAUAUAAAUUGCA